AUGUCAGACCCCACUCAGGCAUUUGUGGUUAAGAAAAUUCUUAAAGGCUGUCAAACAUUGGGCCCAAGGAAAGACACUCGCUUACCAAUAACUGCACCUAUUCUACAAAGACUAGUACAGGCCCUUGAUCACACAGUCAAACUCUUCUCGCUAAGAGUGCUGUUUCGUGCAGUGUUUUUGGUGGCUUUCCAUGCGUUAUUAAGGUUAGGGGAACUAACAGUGAAAUCUGCAAAGGGUAGCGAUAAAGUUUUGCAAAGGGAAGAUGUAACAUUUGAACACAAAUCAAACUCGAUUGUAGGAGUUCAAAUCAUCAUGAGAGAAUACAAAACAAACAAACACAACAAACCGUUAGUAAUUUACCUGCAAGCAAGUCCAAAUUCCCAAUAUUGUCCAGUUCAGGCAUUGUCUAACUAUGUUCAAACUUUCAACCACAAGACUGGACCUUUGUUUCAAACAAUGGAUGGUUCACCUGUGUCUUAUUCAUUAGUAACUACACAUUUGAAGACUGCAAUACAAUUUAUUGGAUUAGAUACAGAUAGCUUUAAGGGUCACAGUUUCAGGAUUGGUGCUGCUACUCAUGCAGCCUCCUUAGGCUAUUCUGAACAAGUUAUUCAAAAAUUAGGCUGGUGGAAUUCUGAUGCCUUUCGUCGAUACAUUAGAAUCCAGUCAUUUAAAAUAUAG